CGGUGAGUUCACUCACAUAAGUCAAGUAAAGUAUCAUUUUUGUUUUCAUUUACAGCGUUGUGCGUUUAUUGCCGAUAAAAAUCCUUUAUAAAUAAAACAAUUUGAAAUCUGUGAGCUACGCUUCGGUGUAAACUUGUUUCGACAUGGCCGACGUACGCGAUAUCCUGGACCUGGAGCGUCCGGUUACUCCGGAACUUACAAAGGAAACAUUGCUUGCCAAAAAUAAAAAGAUCUAUGAGAAGAAAAUGGCUGUUAAACGUCCAGAAGGUAUGCACCGUGAGGUAUUUGCUCUACUGUAUAACGACAACAAGGAUGCCUCACCACUGCUUCCGACGGACACGGGGACCGGUUACAAACAAGCGAAAGCUCGGCUUGGAAUGAAAAAAGUUCGUCGGUGGGAAUGGGCACCGUUUUCAAACCCCGCACGAACCGAUGGAGCAGUAUUCCAUCACUGGAAAAGGGCCUCCGACGAACAAAAAGAAUAUCCUUUUGCAAAGUUCAACAAACAGCUGGACAUUCCAAGCUAUAAUAUGACUGAAUAUAAUACCCACUUGAAGACUAAUCUUACCAAAUGGACUAAGCCACAGACGGAUCAUUUGUUCGAUUUGGCAAAGCGAUUUGACGUACGGUUCAUUAUUAUGGCUGACCGGUGGGAUCGAGCUAACUAUGGAAGUAAGACUGUUGAAGAUUUGAAGGAACGAUAUUAUGAGGUGGUAGGCAUUUUGAGUAAGGUUCGUGGAACUCCGGAGAAAAAGAUUUUUAUGUUCGAUGCUGAACACGAACGCAAGAGGAAAGAACAAUUGAAGAAGCUGUUUGAUAGAACGACCAAACAGAUUGAAGAAGAACAGAUGUUGUUAAAUGAGCUGAAGAAAAUUGAAGCUCGCAAGAAGGAACGUGAACGAAAGACUCAAGAUUUGCAGAAACUGAUUUCACAGGCAGACCAGCAGCAGGCGGAGCAGCAGCAACAACAUGCUGCAAGUUCGCACAAGAAGCAUGACAAAAAGUUAAAGAAGAAAAUCCAACAACAACCCCGUCCAUCAAAAGUAGACUCGGUAGUUAAUGCCGUUGAAACGGCGGGCAUUAAAUUUACGGAUCUCCGGGGAACUGGGGUUUCUCUACGAUCUCAAAAGAUGAAGCUUCCUGCCAAUGUGGGUCAGAAAAAGGCGAAAGCACUAGAGCAAGCGCUGCAGGAGUUUAAGGUUGAUCCCAAUCCGCCGCCAAUUGAAGAAAUCUGUGUCGCUUUCAACGAGUUACGUUCCGAUAUGGUGCUACUGUGUGAACUGAGAACUGCAUUGGCAACGUGUAAUUUUGAGUUGGAAAGCUUGAAACAUCAGUAUGAGGCACUUUGUCCCGGUAAAACUCUGAACAUCCCGGCUGCACUGGUAAAUCCUAGCGGUGAGGAAGCAGUGGCGGACAUGAGUGAUGUCUCUGGACUAGUGUAGGACGUUUCGGUGGAGUACUUGUAAUGAAUUACUUAUUAUAUGUAAUAAAUUAGUGUGCAUUGGUGA